AUGCCAAAAGCAAUUGCUAUCGAGCGUGAUCAACAACACAAAGAUGGAAAAACGUUGGGGGCGUUACAUAGCAUUCCACUCCUUGCGAAAGACAUAUUCGUCACGAUGGAUAAGAUGGAGACCACUGGAGGCUCUUCUGUCCUCAUCGGCGCCAAAUACGACAAAGAAGCUUUCAUCAUUUCUCGACUCCGACAAGCUGGAGCAAUCAUACUAGGGAAAACGAACUUGAGUCAAUGGGGUAUGGCUAGAUCGCCCAAAUGCCCAAGCGGUUGGACUGCUCUAUUUGGUCAAGCAGUUGGAGGAUUUCAAGAAAGUCAAGAUCCCCAAGGAUCAUCAUCUGGAUCCGCCAUUGCGGCUAGUCUGAAUCUUGCGAGUGGCACAAUAGGAGGCGAGACAUGUGGGAGUAUUCUUUAUCCCGCACAACGUAAUGGCGUUGUUGGAUUGAAGCCAACGGUGGGCCUGACAUCACGUUCUGGCGCAAUACCACUCAAUCCAGAGCAAGACUCUGUGGGCACAUUGACCAGAUGGGUUAAGGAUAGUGCGCUCAUUCUUCAGGUCAUAGCUGGGAAGGAUGAAGAUGACUCGGCAUCCGCGGACGUACCAUUUGAGGAUGUGCCUGAUUAUGUUGUGUCUUGCACAACCUCUGGAUUAGAAGGACUUCAAAUAGUGGUUCCAAAAUCGGCGUAUGCAGUCGCAGACUCGGACCCUGAAGUGGGAGUUGCAUUUCGGGAUGCGAUUGAAACCAUUCGAGGCCUUGGGGCAACAAUUAUCGAUGGCAUGGACUUCGAACACUGGAGACCAAGCUUGGGUCUACGGGAAGAUCUGUUCGGGGACGUCCUGCUUCGGGAAGCAUACGACAAGUUUUUCGGAGGUCUUGUCGAAAACCCGAAAGGCGUCAAAAACAUCUCGGAUCUCAUCGAAUACAUCAAACGAGAGCCGGAUGAACUUUACGAGAAGUUUGGAGCAGGUUGGUUCGAAAGUGCGAGGGAUGCUCCCGGCAAUUCAUUAUCUAAACAGGUUCUCGAUGUCAAAGCGCGCAUAGAGCACCUCGGGGCAGAUAUGGCUCGUCUUCUCGAUAGUCAAAAUAGGGACUUGCUCCUCGCCACUUCGUCGACAGACCUCCCGCUCGAUCUCGGCCGAUUGCCUGGCAUUUCAGUAGUUCAUAACUCCCAAGUCACGAAGGGUCCCAAUAUACCAUUUACUAUCACGUUCGCGGGAAAACGCUUCAGCGAAGAAAAGCUUAUUACUGCCGUUUACUCUUUCGAGCAGGCAACUAAGGUUGUCUCCCAGAACAAGGAGAAGCUGAUAGUGCAACCUGAUCCCUCUUUGCUAGACUUUACAGAGCAAAGCGAGAACAAGCUUUAGGGCCGGUUCUCCAAUUCGCUUCACACGCUGGUAUCAUAGAAAAGUGAAUCUAUUCUUAGCACC